GCCAUGGAUAACAAAAAGAGUAACAGAAAUCCUUGGAUUUGAAGAUGAUGUAGUAAUUGAAUUUAUAUUCAACCAGUUGGAAGUGAAGGCCUGAACCAAAAUGGAAGUUAUUCCUUGCGUCUGAAGUAUAGCACCAUCACCUUAUUAGGUCACAGCAGAGUGAGUGUCCAAUGUCGCUCUGACCAACUCCCUUGAUGAUGCAGUGUGUGUUUGGAGGUGAGUUGUGUAAAGUGGCCGAACCAAAGACAGACAAAGCAUCCAGCAGAGAGCAAUUGGGCAAAGCUUUACACUGCUCUUGAAAUUGUUGUGAAGUAGAUUAGGUUUAAAUAUAAGAGCAUUGAGGUGCAGUUCUAAAAUUGGUAAGAGACUUUCAGGGGAGAAUUUGCAUUGUUAAGAUCAGCUUGUUAAAAAAAUGGCUGUCUUCAGUUGGGGAGGGGGCUAAUAUUCUUCAGAAAGAUGUAAAACCAUCCUUCAGAUUGAUAUAGAAGGAAAGGUUAAUUAAAGCUGUGAUCCAUCUCCCACUGAAAUCAAUGGCAAAAAAACCCCACCCCAUUUGGCAAUGAUGGAGCUAGAUUGCACCAUUGGAAUUAAGUUGAUUAUUUACCAGUAUUACAGCAUGAACUGCAUAAAUAGCUGAGUUCAUGAUAGUAGAUUCUCAUUUAUUUUACACAGUCUGACACUGCAUCCCAAGACACAGUGAAGUGUUUACUCUGAACUAUUGGCAAAAAAAAAUGCUUUUUGUGCUAAUAUACUUUAUGCUCAAUCUUCCUUCCAAAGAGUUCAUCUGUAUGAUUUGACUGAACAGUUGACAUUUCAACUGAGAAAGGUAUUGCUGUUUAAAAGGGGGAAAAGGUUAUGCUGUAUUUGAACGUAAGAUUCUAUUUUUUUUUAACCAAUGUUAUUUGAAACUUAAAUGUUUGCAUAGAAAUCAAGCUGGGGAAGUAAGCUUUUGAGGGAUCAACUGAAUAGAGUUUGUACUAGGAAGUACCUUGCUAACAUGUAGUACUAUAAUAAAACCAAAAUAAGCAUUUUUUAAAUUCCCCUUCAUAGAAAGCAUGAUUUAAAACUUAAAGAACUUUUAAAAACAAUCUUUUUUUCUUUUUUGUGGUUGUGUACUCAUUAUUGCUUGUUCGUCUUUUGCAAUUUAGAUAAAUGAUAUAACAUUAAACUCAAGUGGUUGAGUUGCAGUAGGGAGUCGGAAGCAAGCCAAGGGAACAUCUUUCUCUACAGGGGACUUGGCGAUUCCAAAACCCCCCCAAAGUUCAAGAAGAAACUGAAGACACCUGGAAUCUGUACUUGCUUUGUGCUGUUGAGCUGUGCUUGUUAUAUGGACCUUGUUGCUUUGAACAACAAUGUUAGAAUUUAAGUGCCCACAUGUACUGUGAGCCGCUCGACCUCUUAAUCCUUUGUGGGCAUUACAUAACUGUAAAAAAAAUCCCAAUAUGGCAGCUUUCAUUCCAUAAACUAGUUAGUGGAGGCUUAGUCUAGUUUGCUGAUGAAAGUAAACAAAUGCAUGCAUAAAUUCUUGUUCAGUUUUCACAGCAGGACUUUCCAGGUACAUUGUAGUUUGAUAAAUUCUGUAAUGUUAAGUAAAUGUGCAUCUUCUGUCCAUUGUACGGAUUAUGGUAGCAGCAGAACCAAAAGCAGCUGAACCAAAGUACAUUGAAGAGUGCUUAGAUAACUACAAAACAUUAUAGAAGCAUCAUAACAGUUGAUAUGCUAAAUUUUUGGCCCUCAGUUAUAGCAGCUGCACAGACCAAAAUACUUAUGAAAUCCACAAAGGAUUAACAGGCCACUCUGAAUGUAAUGGCAAGGUGAGAGAAUUGGUAAUCCGUUAGGCCUUGUAUUACUGAGCAAGCUAUUGUAGAGAGUUUUUAAAAACUAGUAAUGAGCAUAACAUACUCUAGUCUCAUGAUAGGCGAUUAAGUCAAAAUUAAAAUGAGUUUAUCUGGGUUUGUUUUUUCAAAUAACCUGUAUUUCUUCCUGUCAUAUAUCUCUUUGCAGAAUCCAGAUUCCAAAAUGAUGCAAAUCAACCUGACUGGAUUCUUGAAUGGGAAAAAUGCUAGAGAGUUCAUGGGAGAGCUGUGGCCAUUACUGCUAAGUGCGCAAGAAAACAUUGCGGGUAUUCCAUCUGCUUUCCUGGAGCUGAAGAAAGAAGAAAUAAAACAGAGACAGAUUGAACAGGAAAAAUUGGCUUCCAUGAAGAAACAAGAUGAAGACAAAGAUAAGAGAGACAAAGAAGAUAAAGAAAACAGGGAAAAAAGGGACCGUUCCAGAAGCCCUAGAAGGCGCAAAUCAAGAUCUCCUUCCCCUCGAAGGCGCUCCUCCCCUGUGAGGAAAGAGAGGAAACGCAGCCAUUCCCGCUCCCCCCACCAUAAAACUAAGAGUCGUAGUGUUACUCCUGCACCAGAAAAGAAAGAAGAGACACCUGAGCCAGAGCCUUCAAUCAAAGUAAAGGAAACAUUGAUCCAGGAGGCAACAUCUACCAGUGAUAUCUUGAAAGUACCUAAAAUUGAGCCUGUGCCAGAUACUAAGGAAACAUCUCCAGAAAGAGUUUCAAAGAAGGAGAAAGAGAAAGAAAAAGAAAAGAAUCGUCAGAGGUCUCCAUCCCGAUCCAAGUCAAGGUCAAAAUCUCGUUCACGUUCUCAGUCUCAUUCAAGACCAAGAAGGCGUCAUAGAUCACGAUCCAGGUCUUACUCACCAAGGAGACGGCCCAGUCCAAGACGACGCCCUUCUCCUCGAAGAAGAUCUCCUCCAAGACGUAUUCCACCUCCACCCAGGCACAGAAGAAGUAGAUCUCCUGUGAGGCGGAGGAGGAGGUCAUCAGCAUCUUUGUCAGGAAGCAGUUCCUCUUCUUCCUCUUCACGUUCACGAUCUCCACCAAAAAAGCCACCCAAGAGAGUUGUAUCCAGCCCUCCUCGCAAAACACGUAGACUGUCUCCUUCUGCAAGUCCUCCUAGGCGCAGACACCGGCCAUCCCCGCCACCGAGUCCACCUCCAAAGCCACGCAGAUCUCCAACCCCUCAACCGCCGAUUCGCAUCAGAAAGACCCGAGGCUCCGUUUCUCCAAGCAGAACCUCAGCACCCAAACGUAAAAGUAUUGAAAAAAGGGAAUCUCCCUCACCAGCACCAAAGCCUAGAAAAGUGGAACUCUCAGAGUCAGAAGAUGACAAGGGUGGCAAAAUGGCAGCUGCAGAUUCUGUGCAACAAAGACGACAGUACAGAAGGCAGAAUCAGCAGUCAUCAUCAGAUUCUGGUUCAUCCUCUUCCUCUGAAGAGGAACGGCCGAAAAAGUCAAACGUAAAGAAUGGUGAAGUGGGCAGGCGCAGGCGACACUCUCAUUCCCGCAGCCCAUCUCCCUCUCCACGAAAAUGGCAGAAAGAUUCUUCCCCUCGGAUGCAGAUGGGAAAGAGGUGGCAGUCGCCAAUUGUUAAAAGUAGGAGGAGGCGAAGUCCCUCACCACCACCAGCCAGAAGACGGCGUUCUCCUUCUCCUGCCCCACCUCCAAGGCGGCGCCGGUCACCUUCAUUACCACGUCGAAGGUCUCCAUCACCACCACCUCGCCGUCACUCUCCCACACCCAGGAGAUACUCUCCUCCAAUACAAAGGAGAUACUCCCCUUCACCACCACCAAAGCGAAGAACAGCGUCUCCCCCGCCCAAACGAAGGGCAUCUCCUUCUCCACAGCCGAAGCUCAGAGUCUCCCGCUCUCCACCCCCCAAACAAAGAAGCUCUCCACCUCCCAAGAGACGGUCUCCAUCCAUAUCUUCCAAGCAUAGGAAAGGAUCCCCUCCCAGCAGGUCUAACCGGGAAGCCCGCUCUCCACUGCAGAACAAACGACAUUCACCGUCCCCACGGCCCAGGCCUUCCCGUCCCUCUGCAAGUCCCCCACCACUACGCAGGGGGCCUUCACCUUCACCUCCACGGCGGCUGUCUCCAUCUCCAAGUACCAGGCCCAUUAGGAGAGUGUCAAGGACCCCAGAGCCCAAGAAGUCGAAAAAGGCUUCCACACCAAGUCCACAUUCUGCAAGAAGGGGAUCUUCAUCCAGGUCUGUGUCAGGAUCACCGCAGCCACCCCCCAAGAAACAUCAGCCCCCUCCGUCUCCUGCUCGAUCUCAGUCACCCUCUGCUCACUGGUCUCCAGCACCUGCAAAGAAGGCGAAGAGUCCUACACCAAGUCCAUCACCUGUCAGGAACUCUGAUCAGGAAGGCAGUGGCAAGAAGAAGAAGAAGAAGAAGGAUAAGAAGCAUAAAAAGGAUAAAAAGCACAAGAAACACAAAAAGCAUAAGAAGGAGAAAGCUGCAGUAGCAGCUGCAAUGUCUGCAUUUACCGCGCCAGCACCAGAAAACCAAGAGAAAAAUGUAGAUCCCAAAAAGGAGACUGAGAGCGAAGCAGAAGAUAACCUGGAUGAUUUGGAAAAACAUCUGCGUGAGAAAGCCCUGAGGUCGAUGAGGAAGGCACAAGCAUCUCCGCCCUCUUAGGCUGAAGCAGGCGUUUGAUCUAAUGUACAUUGUAUUUGGUUUGUACUCAGACUUCAAUUUCAAAAUUGCUAAAUGUGUUUGAGCUUUAGACUUUAACAUUGGUUGUAAUAAUUGCUUAGGUUGAAGUUCACCAUGUUUAAAAGAAAAAGAAGGGCAUGGUUCUUCAUUACAAAAAGGCAUUCACAGUGUACUAGUGACAUCCUUUGACAGUUGACAUCUAUUUCACUAUAAUUUUUUUAUGCAGUGUUUCUCCCCGUUCCCCCAGACAAACUCUUCAGUUUCUUGGAUUGCCACCAGGGAAAUUUCCUAAGCAUUUGCAAUCUGACUUCCUGACAUAGGCCAUUUUGGUCUUGUACACAGUACAAAGGCAAACCACUAUUCAUGCAUUUUUAAAAAAUCUAGCAAGAACAGUUGUGAAUACCCAGAUUUCUCUGUAGUUGCCUGCAUUGUCUCUGCUGAAGACCAAGGUUAAAGUUUUGAGAUGGUACCUACUUAAGCCUGAACACAGUGAGUUCACACUAGUGCAACAGGUUCAUUUAGAACACUGGAAUUUCAUUUGUACCUUACUUCUCCUCUCCCCUUUUUAAAAGCAUUUCCCAUGAUCACCAGUCUCAGCAAAGUUUUGCAUACAAUUUUGUUCUGUGAAAUGUUGUUGUUGCCCCAAAUCAUAGUUUUCUUUCCCCCUCUCCUUGUCUUGUUGUGGUCCUUCAGAAUAGUGUGUAACUUUCAGAGCUGUGAUCUCUCAAAGUCAGAAGGACCUGAACUUUGGAUAUUGUCAUGUCCUCUCUGGGGUUUUUUGUUUUUGUUUUUUUAAAAACGAAAGCUAUUAUAAAGCUUGUGGAUUAAACAAAUAAAUUUCUAAAUUUAA